UGCCGGGGUCAACGGUCCCUUCUGGCCCAAGAGUCCGGCCGAGAGCGGUGGCGGCCUCCGCGGAAGGACUUCGUGGGAGGAGAAUGGCUUCAAUAAGAAAAACCAGCCGUACCGUGCGUGAUAUCUUUGGCGACUUCAGUGAUAUUUCCUUAGAAGAUUCAAAGAUGGAAGAAAUCCAGAACUUGGAAAUCAGUAGAAGUCUUACCAAAAUAGCACCCGGUCCGAGCAGAUUUCUAAAAAGAAACCAGACUAUGGAUGGAAAACACUUAUUCCCAAAAGAGAAUGCUUUCCUGGGGAGUGGGCCCUGGCUCUCUUCAGGUAGAGCUUCGACCACUGCCUCGAAGGUCAGGGCCAACGCUGCGCUCACAAGGCUGGCCCAGAUAGAAACCAAGAUCAGGAACCGGAAGGUGCAGUUGGAUUUGUCUGACGUGGAAUCUGACCUGAAGACCUCUGAGGACUGGCUUCCUAGCAGAGCAGAUGAAUAUCCCCCCAGAAGGACGGUUGACCUUUCUUCACAGAACACAGACAAAACCUCCCAGAAACAGGCCCUUGAAAUUCCUGUCCCUGAGAGUGACAUGCCGAGUGGGAAGGUCAGUAGGUUUCUAAAGAAGAGAGAAGCACCUGUGGAAAAGAUAUCCCCUGAAGCACAUGUUGGGAAAGAGAGGGAUUUUCAAACACCCAAAGAGAAAAAACCUCCUAGAAGACUGGAUUCUCCAGACAGUGAUGAAGAGGAAAUGAAAGAGUUGCUGGGAAGCUUGAUGGAAUCUUCUAGCGAAAAAGAAGCAUCCACAAAUCAGGGUUUCACCAGCACCAAAGUCAGUGAGAAAGAACAAACAAAACUAGUCUCGGACCAGAUCCCAAAUCAACUGAGAGUCCUUUCGCUGCCCAGGAAGGAUCUUUCCAGCUCAAAGCCAUUUCCGACAUCACGUCUGCCAACCUCACGGUCAGCAGGUGGGACCCUUCACAGUGCUGGCUCGAGAACUCGCUCCCCACAGAUUCCCAUUUCAGAGGACACAGCCUCCCACACGGCAUCACUUUCCAUCCCCAGCGCCUUUCCGAAGUCCGUACCCUCGACAGUGGGGGAUGGCAAGCUCUUGUCCUCCUCGAGAAGGAGUGAGGCUGGGCCUCAGGAUGAGUCUCCCUCAGAAGCCGCCGAUGAAAGUCUAAAAGAUUUGAGAAUAAACAUUUUAUCCCUUGAUGAUCUGGCUCCAGCUGUCAGUGAGAAAUCAGACUUGGAACAGAAAAAAGAAGGUCAAGGGGAAAAGGCAUCCAGCAAAAGCCCCUGGGCUGGGCCCCCCCACUCUGGAAGCGAGAUUUCUGAGUGCCUGAGCCAGCGGUCCGUCUCGUCCCCUGGACCCAAUGGCACUUCUAGCCUGGGGUCAAAGUCUCAGGAACAUACGGCCAGCACAGUGAGCUCGGCUUAUUCGGAUGAUUUUGAAAAAUCCCCCAGUCCAACAGCAUCUGAGUCGAUGCCCCAUUCUGAGGAGUCUCCUGACAGGACGCUGGCAACUCGGUCUGAAUUUUCUGCAAGCCUGAAGACAGACCUUCCUCCACCAACUCCCAAGUCUCAGAAAAAGUUGGCCAAGGGUGUUACAAGAGUCAUGGUGAAGGAGAUGGCUGUGCAGACCCUCGAUCCCGCCUUCACCUACCAGUGGGCUAAGGCGGCCGGCGUAGCGGCCAUCGGACCAGCCCUGGGAGGUGCCUACGUGGACCCCUCGCCCAUCGCCAGCCACGUCAUCAGUGCGGACGCCAUAGAAGCCCUGACAGCGUAUAGCCCGGCCGAGUUCGCGCUCAACGAUGUGCUGAAGCAGCAACUGAGCCUGACACAGCAGUUCAUCGAGGCCAGCCGGCACCUGCAUGCAUCCCUCCUGCACUCCCUGGAUCAGGACUCAUUCCAUUACCACACCCUGGAGGAAACCAAAGAGUUCAUCAGGCAACACAGGCCCACCCCGCUGACCAUGGAGGAGGCCCUGGAGGAGGUGACGAAGGAGCUGUGAACGCCGGGAGGUGAGACAGACUCAUGGGUCUAAGGAGCUGGUCCCGUAAACCAGCUGUGACGCUCACACCUUAGUUCCCAGGGGACGUUCAGUGGUGGGGGCAGGUGGCACCCAGGACUCACCUGAGAAUCCCGGCUGCAGCCUUUUCUAGCGGAGUAGUUGAGCCCUCCCAGCCCCCAUUUCCUCAGUGUGCAUGGCACCUGAGAGGACGUACCACACAGGCCAGUGGAAAUGGAACCCCAGGUGGAGCUGUCACCACUCGUGGCAGGACAGAGGAUGCCAGCCUGUCUGGAGCCACAUGGAGCCACGAGGAAACAGGACCAGGCGUCCACGCCGGGGACUCCCAGGAGACACCAGGGCAGAGCUUCUGACCCGACUCCACAAUUCAGACAAAGUCUGCACUCAGGACGCACCUCCUCCCUCCUCAGCCUGGGCACGCUUCUGACUUAAACGCAGAGAAAAACGUCUUUUAAAAAAAAGUCUUUAUUUGAAGCAAAACAGUAAAAUCCACAAGAAAUUGUUAACAACACGUUUAUAUUUUAUCCUGAAUCAGACACGUUUGAACAAUUCACAGCUACAGGAAAUCUAGAACAAAAUCAAAUAUUUUAACACAUCAGGUGGAAAAGUUGGAGAAAAUUUUGCAUCUUAUUGAAAAGAAUUUUUCAAAAAUGUUUCUGUACAAAUAAAUGGCACCGCACCAAGCUGCCCGCGGAUGCUGAGUGCAGCCAAUCCCAGGCGGUCGCUCAGCAGCUCCCGGCAGAGGCGGCUCCCUCCAGCCUCACCUCCCUUUGGGGGCGGCUUGGGGCAGGCAAAGGAAGUGACAGAGCAGGAAGCAGGGCCGGUGGUCGCUCUCCACACUCUGGAUGUGAAUGGGCCGUUGCACGUGAGUGCUGGUGUGCGGGUUCCUCUCCGUGAAAAACACAAGUAGAGACACUAAGGGUACAGAUUCUCCAAGGGCGUCAUCAUUCCGUGACCUGGAGAUGCCUCAGAUAAGUUUCCUCAGAACCUUUUGUUUCUGCAGGGAACAGCAAAUGGCUAACGUUCAAACAAAAACAAAAACAAAAAACAAACAAAAAACCCACCUCAACUUAAACAGCUUAAAUAACUAAGGGCUAGUAUGUCUCAGAGGAAUCAGGUUUCAAAUUAUCUCACUGGGUAUCAACCUAGAUCAGUAUUUUUUUCUAAAACUAAACCAUUUGGAGUAAAAAUGAAAACCCUGUUUAACUUUGCAAAUCAAAAAGGUUUUGUUUUUCCAUUUUUAGAGUGAGCAGUACCAGCGCCUGGCCUGAGCCUUCUCACAACACAACUGAUGGGAGAGUGGGAGGGCCGGCCCCUUGGGCUGGGCUGGCGUGUGCCCUCAGGGCCCCUCCUCCGUGCACUCCCACAGGUUUUAGAGGCUCAGGCUGAGGGGAGAUGUGAGACAGCCGUUCCUUCAGAUGACAAGAAUUCUUAUCCAGGGGUCUUGUGUUUCUCGCUUCACUGUCCAGGGAAAUAAGCUCAUUGUCGAGUUGGCUGGGCAUCUCCUCGUGACUCUUGCUGCUACGUUAGAGCUGGUUUGCAGGUGGGGCCUGGGCCUUCCGUGCCAUCAAGCGUGGCACUCGUCACAAGGCCUGCCGAAGUCUUCCUUCUCUUCUGUCGCUCCCCACAGAUGGAGACAGUGAGAGAACCGAGCUGUCCCUACCAUCUUCCACUGCCAGUAAGCCAAGAAGGGUCCAACAGUCCUCGCUGCCGGUGGCCGGCCACUGGCAUGGCUCCCUGCCCGCGCCGCGCCUACUUGCACUCGUCCCUGGCCUUCAUGCGGGCGAUGAAGGAAUAGCUCUUGUUCCUGCGGUAGUUCUCGUAGGGGUCGUCCAGGGCCACGCCCACACCCUUGUACUGGUCCCACUUAUCCCGGACGUCCCCCCCCUUGAUGGGGUCCUGGAUUCCUUGCUCUUUCACGCCGAGGCCGCCAGAUCCACUCCAGCCUGAAGAAGGGAGGGAUGAAUGGUUACGACCCACAGAGGAAGCUUAAAUUGUGGUGCAUUUACCCUGACAUGAAGUUAAAUGGAAAUGUUUGGAGAGUCAAACGAUAUGCAGACGUGCAGUUUAUAAACGGGAAACUAAGGUAGUAAGAAAGGACGCUCAGUAAAAACCCUGCAGGCUCAGAAGUUCUGGUCAUGAGUUGGAGCUUCCUCUGACUUCAUCAUCCCCCAACCCCGAAUGCCCAGAGCGGAUUGUUCCGCCUUCCCAGGAACCUUACCCAUUUUCACCAGCAUCUGAUGUCCUUUGUUCUCUUCCCCGAGCCUGGAGUCAGGUAUAGGAGGUGCUGAAUUAGAACCCAGACCAGCCGAGGAACUAAAAUUAAGACAGGUUACGUCUUUUAAAAAAGAGCGGAUACAUUUAUUGGAAUGAAAACUUAGAAUAUUACAGCGUGUAGCUUAUAUGAAGGGUCACCAGCGUGAGAUGGACACACACACACACAUUUCGUGUCUCUAGCCGCCUUCUUUAUCCUCUUCGCCGGCAGAUAAGGGGGUUCCCUAGGACGGCGGCCCCUGCCUCACACUCAGUGGCACAGCCAGGCCACACUGGACCCGAAAAACGGUUAGAAAAUACAGAGCGCAGCCACUGCCUCAGGCUUUACAACGUGACUGCAGAGGUAACAGCGAGGUGUGAGACGAGGUGCCACCGUCACUGUGCUAGUGCUCGGGGGCCCCAAGGUGCCGCCUUGGCGCGGGCCACCGCCAGCGCGUCUUCUAACAACACGUUUCAACAUUCACAGCAAAGCAUCAGAGGGUUCCAGCGCUACCAGAGGUCAUUCUGACAGUUAACACAGAAAUCUUACGGCGGGGUGGGGCUCCUGGACCGCGACCGACGUCUCCUUCCCGGGGAAUAGGACUUGGACCGAGAGCGAGAGCGGGUCCGGGAGCGGCUUUGUGAGGAGCGGGAUCGGCUGCGGCUCCUGCGGGGGCCAAGGGAAAGGGGGCGGGUCAGUGCAGCUGCUGAGGAGCCUCAGGCCUUGCAUCCCGAGAGGCGGGGCCCUGCCUACCUGGAUCUGGAGCGGGAGUAGGAGCGGGAGCAGGAACGAGACCUUGACCUUGAGUAGGAGCCGGAAGACUUGGAGGACCUCGAGUUGGAGCGGGAGGAAGAGCGCCCUCGGCUUUUGGAUCUGCUCCGAGACCUCGAGGGUCCGCUGCGGGGACAGCUCUGGUGAGCCGGAGCCCCUCCAUGGGCUGCGCCCAGCCCCCGCCAACCCCCAACUCUAAAAGACCCCCGAUGUGCCCACUCCAGGUGCAGACAUGCCCUUUCACAUCAGGGCUGAAUACAGACUAUGGCAAGCUUCU